CCUCGUUUCUUUCUUACAUUUCUUCCAUCUUUCUGGGCAUGCCUUUGCCUGUUCUUCUGCCGAAGAGCGCUCUACCUCAGCCAUCUGUCAACUCACACCUUGAAUGGACGCCCAAAAAACACCUUUUACCUCCACAGCCGCCUCCGGUUGAUGACGCCAAGAUUCAAGAGCAAGAACUGGCAAAUAGCCGACAGAUAUUAGAUGGCAAAAUUAUCAAAAAGACGCGGCCAAGGAAGACAGUAGAUUAUUACGGAGGAAUGGGUCGAUGGGCAUUGUUGCGUAAAUUGCGCCCCAAUUCUACCUACGUGCCCCAGCUGCGACCAGCACCACCAUAUAUCAUUAAUUUAUUACCCCCCAAAGCAUAUCCGGGCAAUUCAUCUACAUCCUUGUGUACAAAAUUCAUCCAUACUUCAACAAAUAAAAUUCGUUGUCCCGUGAACAUCGUGACGUGGACGCCUGAAGGAAGACGCGUCCUCACAGGUUCUACCAGUGGAGAGUUCACUCUCUGGAAUGGACUCACAUUCAAUUUCGAAACUAUCCUCCAAGCCCAUGACAGCGCCAUCUGCACUUUCAGUUUUACACACUCUGGGGCAUACCUAGUAUCUGCAGACAAGAGUGGUGUCAUCAAGUACUUCGAGCCCAACAUGAACAACUUGACAGCAUGGCAAGGGUCCAGCUCGCGAGAAGCCAUACGUGGUAUCAGUUUCAGUCCAGACGAUCGUCGGUUUGCAACGGCAAGCGAUGACUCUAGUGUUCGUAUAUGGUCCUUUGCAGAAAGCCGAGUGGAGAGUGUUUUAACGGGGCACGGUUGGGAUGUAAAAUGUGUCCAAUGGCAUCCGUCUAAAGGCCUCCUCGUUUCUGGAAGUAAAGAUAACCAGAUAAAGUUCUGGGAUCCUCGAACAGGCACCGUCCUGUCUACCUUACAUCAGCACAAGAACACGAUCCAAGCGCUAGCUUGGUCGCCCAACGGUAACAUGGUUGCCAGUGCUUCUCGUGACCAAACUGUUCGUGUCUUCGAUAUCCGUGCCAUGAAAGAAUUCCGGAUACUCAAAGGACACAAGAAAGAAGUGUGCUCCGUCGCAUGGCAUCCCUUACACCCCAUCCUUGUCUCUGGUGGCUCUGAAGGUGCCGUUCUUCACUGGGAUCUGGGUGCAGAAGACGAAACGCUGAGUCAACCCGUAUCCUCACCACGCGCUACCCUCUCUCAAGCACACGACUCAAACGUAUGGUCUAUGGCCUUCCAUCCCCUCGGCCACCUCCUCGUCACCGCAUCUAAUGACCAUACUACCCGAUUUUGGUGCCGUGAACGCCCUGGUGAUGCCUCUUCCGUUUUCUCUGGGGGCGGAGAGAAGCCACCAGAAAUGAUCGACACCAGUGGUCAGGACGAGGAAGACGACUCAAUGGUGCCUGGCUUUAGUUAUGGUGGAAACGGGGAAUGGUGGGGCAAGGAAGAGGAGGGAGACCGGAGUGAGGAUUACAAUGGAGAUAACGGGCAUGGUAAAAAUAAUUGGAACAAUGGAGGAGAAGACGAUUUCAUUCCUGGAAUUGGUGGCGGACCUCCACCCCCACCUAGACUACCCCCGGCACAAGAAGAUUCAUACGCACACGGAGGGGAUGAAUGGGGCCGGAACAGCCGUGGUGGAGGUGAUUGGGAUAGGGGAGAACGUAGACAAUCUCGCUACGGCGAUAGUUGGGGUUCGAGGCGAGGGGGAGGAAGAUAUUGAUAUUGCUUGGGAAAGUGUUGAUCUACAACUACGCAUAUACCACUUGAGAAGACCUAGGACCUGAGAAUAUGCAAGUCAUCCCCUCU